AUGUAUCCGAAUCAGGGUAUAAUGUUCGGUGAUUUUUCUUUGGAGCCGCAAGGCUUCAGGGACAUGAAUAGGCACGAGAAAAGCCUGGGUCUCCUUACUGAGAAGUUUGUUCAACUUCUUAAGGAGGCACCAGAUGGUAUUUUGGACUUAAAAUUAGCUGCUGACUUUCUUGCUGUUCGGCAGAAAAGGCGUAUUUACGAUAUUACCAAUGUUUUGGAAGGUAUUGGCCUCAUUGAAAAGCGCACAAAGAACAGCAUUCAAUGGAAGGGUGGGAGCGCAGCUACCAACGGGCCUGAUAUUCAAGCUCGUUUGGAUGAGCUGCAAGCAGAGGUUGAGUACUUAGAGAACCUCGAGAAAAAGGUUGACGAACACCGAAUUAAGGUCCUGCAGUCGAUCCGCAACGUCCAGGAGGACCUCGACAACGAGCGUUUCAGCUAUAUAACCUAUCAAGAUCUCCUUAAUGUCUUCCACGACCGUACUCUGGUAGUAAUUCGCGCCCCGGAAGGCACCCUACUUGACGCGCCCAUUCCCGAAAGUGGCAUGGACCAGUCCACCCAUUCCCUCUUCGCAAUGAAACGAUCCUACAAAACAACUCCCGAGUAUCAAAUUCACUUAAGGAGUCCAUCUACGGCCAUCGAAGCGCUAUUAGUGAAUCAGGAGGACAGCCAAGGUAGGACUUGGAUUCUGCCCCCCGGACAGACAAACUUUGAUUCGCGAAGAACGGCCACCAGUCGACAAGAAGAUGCCAGUGUUCUGAAUCCCCUAUUCCCGCUCAGUCCACCGCCAGAUGCCCAAGACUUCACUUGCAAUCUAGAGGAGAGCGAGACAAUUUUCGACCUCUUCGACGUACCACACUCGUAA